AUGAAAGUUGUUUUUACCCAAAUGCUUAAAGCCAAGAACAAAGAUAAAAAGAUGUUCGCUGAUGAGAUAGAAUCCAAAGCACGUGCAAAGGUUAUUGAUAUCGAAUGCAAAUUGGACAAGUUUUUCAAGACAUACUUGGAAAGGUCAAACAUGACCUCAUCGUCUCAACAAGAAACUCCCGAAGAAGUUGUUAAUUUUGAUGACGAAAACGAAUUCUUUGGAAGCUAUAUGACUUCAGGAAGUUUCCCCUCGACAUUGUCAGAAAGUCAAUUGCAACGAUACUUAAACGAGGACCCAAUCGGAUUUGACAAAGGAUAUGAUAUCCUCACAUGGUGGAAAAAUAAUGCGGUGCGGUUCACGAUCGUUGCUCGAAUGGCAAGAGAUAUUUUGGGGAUGCAAAUUUCCACCGUAGCAUCCGAAUCCACAUUCAGUAACGGUCGUCGAGUAAUUACCGACUACCGUACUAAUUUGUCUGUUGUGAUUGUGGAGGCAUUGAUAUGCACUCAAGAUUGGCUAAGAAAGAGUAGCUUGCCUAUAUAUGACUACGACGAAGUGCACGAUGUGUUAGCUGAUGAUGACCUUGCUAUCGACAUUGUGGAUGCUAUACACAACUUGAAGCUAACGGGGGAAGAGAUCGGGAAAUUAGUCAAAAUAUCAAAGAAAUGUUGGAAUCCACAUAUUAGACUUUGUUUUUUUUUUCCGGUUCCAAACUCGAAAAACCGGCAAAAACCGGACCCGGAACCGGAACCGGUAGAACCGCCAGGCCGGUUCGGUUCUUCAUUUUGGCCGAAUCCGGUUCGGUUCGGGCCGGUUAUGGCCGGUUCGGUUCUUUUGCUCAUCCCUAGUGGAGACAAGAUUGCUACCAACCAGAUUGAGAUGCAGACGCUCAAAGAUCAAGUGGGUAAAGAUUUCAUUUUGUGUCGUGUUGAUCACAUCAGUCUGCAUCACAAGUUGGAAGAUCAUGAGAGGAAGUUAAAAGUGAUUGCUCUGGUGAUGGGCGGCGUCAUGGUGGCAAUGCUUGGGAUGAUGAUGGUUGGGCCAAGGUCCUUAUGA